GGAGGAAGUUGGUUCUGUUCUUCUCAUCCUUUCAUUCUUUCAUCGCGCAGCAGUGGUCAAGGUGGACCCUGCGUCAAAAAGAAUCCAUAGUUUAAAUAAACAUCUUCAACUAAAUCCGAAAAUUAAUCAUGUCUGGUAACUGGAAUAAUAGCCGUGGAAACGGUGGUUCCAAAUUUGGAGGAGGCAACAAAUUCGGCGAUAAUUCGUCUCGAUUUGGCAACGGUGGCAAUAGAUUUGGAGGAUCUGGAGGAUUUGGUGGGAAAAAAGAAUUCUCUGGAGGUCAGAACAUGCGUCGCCCAGAUUGGGAUUCUGUUUCACUCCAACCUUUCAACAAAAACUUUUAUGAUCCACAUCCUACAGUUCUCAAAAGAUCACCAUAUGAAGUCGAAGAGUACAGAAAUAAUCACGAGGUAACUGUAAGUGGCGUUGAGGUUCAUAAUCCUAUUCAAUACUUUGAAGAAGCAAAUUUUCCUGAUUAUGUGCAACAAGGUGUGAAGACAAUGGGUUACAAAGAACCGACGCCCAUUCAAGCUCAAGGCUGGCCGAUAGCUAUGUCUGGAAAGAAUUUAGUUGGCGUAGCUCAAACGGGUUCCGGCAAAACGUUGGCCUACAUCUUGCCAGCCAUUGUGCACAUAAACAACCAACCGCCUAUUCGGAGAGGUGAUGGUCCGAUUGCUUUGGUCUUGGCGCCUACCAGAGAGUUAGCACAACAAAUUCAGCAAGUUGCUGCAGAUUUUGGACACACAUCUUAUGUUCGUAACACGUGUGUGUUUGGUGGUGCUCCUAAAAGAGAGCAAGCCCGGGACUUGGAGAGGGGAGUAGAAAUAGUCAUUGCUACUCCAGGUAGAUUAAUUGAUUUCUUGGAAAAGGGCACAACCAACUUACAGCGGUGCACAUAUUUAGUUCUUGAUGAGGCUGAUCGUAUGUUGGAUAUGGGAUUUGAACCACAAAUCAGAAAAAUCAUUGAGCAAAUACGCCCAGACAGACAGACUUUGAUGUGGUCAGCUACUUGGCCCAAAGAAGUGAAGAAACUUGCUGAGGAUUACUUGGGAGAUUACAUUCAGAUCAAUAUAGGAUCAUUACAACUUUCCGCAAAUCACAACAUUCUUCAAAUUGUAGAUAUUUGUCAAGAACAUGAAAAAGAAAACAAAUUAAAUGUAUUAUUGCAAGAAAUUGGACAAAGUCAAGAACCUGGUGCGAAAACAAUAAUUUUUGUUGAAACCAAGAGAAAAGCUGAGAACAUAUCAAGGAACAUAAGGAGAUAUGGCUGGCCAGCUGUUUGCAUGCAUGGCGAUAAAACUCAACAAGAAAGAGAUGAAGUUCUGUAUCAGUUCAAGGAAGGUCGUGCUAGUAUUCUUGUAGCAACUGAUGUUGCAGCUCGAGGGCUUGAUGUUGAUGGUAUCAAAUAUGUAAUAAAUUUUGAUUAUCCAAAUUCGUCGGAGGAUUACAUCCAUCGUAUUGGGAGAACUGGACGUUCAAAAUCAAAAGGAACAUCAUAUGCUUUCUUUACCCCUUCAAAUUCCCGUCAAGCCAAAGAUUUGGUAUCUGUUCUACAAGAAGCUAAUCAGAUUAUUAGCCCACAACUGCAGUCGAUGGCCGACCGUUGCGGUGGUGGUGGCGGCGGGUGGAACAGGAACAGAUUCGGCGGAGGUGGACGAGGUGGUGGCGGCUCUUUUAAACGCGGAAGCAAUUUUGGCAAGAGUAGCCAAAGGGGGGGCGGCAGUGGUUACAAACGAUUUGACGACUAUUAAAUAAGAUUUUUGUUGGCAUUUUUAAGAGGGUGAAUCCUCGUAAUAUAGAUAAAUGUUAUGAUUUGUAGAUCCUGUUUGGAUAUUACAGUUGUGGCUAGUUUAAUUUAUUUAUUGUAAUGUCCACUAGCGACCAAACAUUUUAUAGGUAUCACUAUUUAUAUUAUGUUAAAACUGUGAUAUUUUUUUAUUGUGAUUCUACCCAAGAUUUGCAAUAGUGCAUUCUUACUCUGAAAUUUUCCAAGUAGAAUAAAUGUCGUCAAAUUCAUGUAGAAUUUUAUUAAUAUUUAGAGCGUUAAGCCGUCAUUCCACUCUUGUUACAUUUCAUUGUAUAAUUACAUUGUAUGAAUAAAUAAUUUAAGAAUACUAA